AUGUCUCAGACGCCAUCUGAAUCACAGAAACAGGUCGCAACGCGGCCUCCCUCGACCGGGACAGAAGACAGUCUACCAAAGAAGGACUUGGGCACAAAUUCUGCGACCCCAAAAGAAGAAGUGACCCUGAAAACCGCUUCUGAUCCGUCAUCUAAAGCGCCCAGCACUGCUGGCGAGAAAACGGCUGUUGACCUGGGCGGUGCCACUGUACACAAAUCAGCAGCAGAACAACGUAGUGCGGAUUGGAGGAUAGUAAGAAACUUGGCAUCGAAUCUGUGGCCUGCCGGAUGGGGACCAGAUGCACGGAGUACCAAAGGACGAAUUAUCCUGGCGCUCGGAUUGUUAGCUGGUGGAAAAAUCCUCAAUGUACAAGUUCCAAUGUUCUUCAAGCAGAUUGUAGAUGUACUCAACGUACCGUUCACUCCCGACUCGUCGGUGUGGGUCAUUGCAGGAAGUGUAAUCCUCAGCUACGGCGCUGCGCGAAUAUUCGCUACGCUGUUUUCGGAAAUGAGAAAUGCUGUAUUCGCCAAAGUAGGCCAGCACGCCGUUCGUUCUGUCGCCCGAAAGACAUUCGAACAUUUGCUCGACUUGGAUCUAAGGUUUCAUCUCACUCGCCAAACUGGAGGACUCACACGGGCAAUCAACCGAGGAACAAAGGGCAUCACGUUUCUUCUCACUUCGAUUAUUUUUCAUAUCGUGCCGACUGCGUUAGAGAUCAGCAUGGUUUGUGGCAUCUUGACUUAUAACUUUGGUGCCAAUUUUGCCUAUAUUACCCUACUAACAAUGGCGGGCUAUUCUUGGUUCACCAUUCGUACCACAUCGUGGAGGACUCGCUUCCGGCGAGAAGCAAAUGAAGCGGAUAAUAAAGCGGCAACAACCGCUGUCGAUUCCCUCAUCAACUACGAAGCUGUCAAGCAUUUCAACAACGAAAAGUUUGAAGCUGAUCAAUACGACAAGAGUUUGGCCAAAUACGAGGACGCGUCUAUCAAGAUUGCAACAUCUCUAGCAUAUCUCAACUCGGGCCAGAAUGUCAUCUUUUCAUCUGCCCUGACUGCAAUGAUGGUCUUGGCCGCGCAAGGGGUGAUCGCUGGAACCAUGACUGUGGGUGACCUGGUCAUGAUCAACCAGCUAGUCUUCCAGCUAUCGUUGCCGCUCAACUUUCUUGGCACCAUCUACCGAGAAUUGCGACAAAGUCUCUUGGACAUGGAGGUACUGUACAAUCUCCAAGGCGAGAAGAGAAUCAUCGAGGAUUCUCCGAAUGCCAAACCUCUGGUGUUGAGUCAGGGUGGAAAUAUCGAGUUCAAGAAUGUUUCUUUCAGCUACUACCCAACGCGGCCUAUCCUCAAUAACAUCUCGUUUACGAUCCCAGCUGGCAAAAAGGUGGCUCUCGUGGGGUCUUCGGGGUCCGGAAAGUCGACUGUACUCCGACUCCUCUUCCGCUUCUAUCCGCCUCAAUCUGGCUCGAUCCUCAUCGAUGGUCAAGAGAUUUCUUCUGUCCAAUUAACCUCUUUACGCUCCCAGAUUGGUGUCGUACCCCAGGACACACCACUCUUUCAUGCAGAUGUCAUGCAUAAUAUUCGCUACGGGAACUUGUCGGCCAGUGAUGAACAGGUUAUCGAGGUGGCCAAAAUGGCUCGAGUGCACGAUGCGGUCCAACGCCUGCCCAAAACGUACCACACCACGGUCGGAGAACGAGGUCUUAUGAUCUCCGGUGGAGAGAAACAACGACUAGCUAUUGCGAGAGUGCUUCUCAAGGACCCUCCGAUUGUCUUCUUCGACGAAGCGACAUCGGCACUUGACAGCCAAACAGAGGCAGAGCUCAUGCGAAAUAUCAAUAGCACGCUCCUGAGUAAGAAGCGUACAAGUAUAUUCAUAGCACAUCGGCUGCGAACCGUCGUCGGCGCUGAUCUGAUUAUUGUCCUGAAAGAUGGCGAUGUCGCCGAGCAGGGAACUCAUGAGGAGCUGCUGGCCAAGGGUGGGCUGUAUCACCAGAUGUGGCUUGCGCAAGAGGAGACGAAAUCGCACCUGGGAGAGACUGUACAGUCUGAUUCAUAG